AAUUCAGAGCUAGGGUUUGUUUUUCCUUCCCAGCUUACAUAGAGAUUUACGCACUGUGAGUGAGAGGGAGGGGAGAGAGAGUGAGAGAGAGAGAGAGAGAGAGAGACGCCGCCUGGUAAAUUGUUGCCACCACCAGCAAAAAUGGCUAGAGGUUUGAAGAAACAUUUGAAGAGGCUCAAUGCCCCAAAACAUUGGAUGUUGGACAAACUUGGUGGUGCUUUUGCACCCAAACCAUCUUCUGGACCCCACAAAUCCAGGGAGUGCUUGCCGUUGAUUCUUAUUAUGCGCAACAGGCUGAAGUAUGCUCUGACAUACCGUGAAGUAAUUGCCAUCUUGAUGCAACGCCAUGUCCUAGUUGAUGGGAAGGUUAGGACGGAUAAGACAUUUCCUGCUGGUUUUAUGGAUGUUGUUUCUAUUCCGAAGACCAAUGAGAAUUUCCGUCUACUCUAUGAUACCAAGGGUCGAUUCAGGCUCCACUCCAUCAGGGAUGAGGAGGCCAAGUUUAAACUUUGCAAAGUCCGAUCAGUCCAGUUUGGAAAGAAAGGGAUUCCCUACCUCAACACCUAUGAUGGAAGGACAAUUCGCUAUCCAGACCCGCUCAUCAAGGCAAAUGACACCAUUAAACUUGAUCUCGAGACAAACAAAAUUGUUGAUUUCAUCAAGUUUGAUGUUGGGAAUGUUGUGAUGGUGACUGGCGGAAGAAACAGAGGACGAGUUGGAGUCAUCAAAAACCGUGAGAAGCACAAGGGAAGUUUCGAAACUAUCCACGUCCAGGAUGCUACUGGGCAUGAGUUUGCUACCCGUCUAGGCAAUGUUUUCACUAUUGGGAAAGGUACAAAGCCCUGGGUGUCUCUUCCAAAGGGCAAGGGUAUCAAGCUGUCCAUCAUCGAGGAGGCCAGGAAGAGGCUUGCUGCCCAAUCAGCAGUCACAGCAUAGAUUAUUUAUUUUGUACUUCUCCAUUCUGGAUAUCUAUGCUGGUUUUGGUUAUCAUAGGAUCUAUGCCAGAAAGUCUAUGUUUUGUUUCAAAUACAAUUUGGACCUCUCACCCUGUUUCAAAUUUGGAUUAGUUGGGUAACAAAUUUUGGAAGCUAAGAUUUCUAUGUUUUGCUUGGUUUUAUUUAGGUCAAAUCAAAUCUGAAAUCUAUUCUACAG